UCGAGUCGUAGAGAACAAGCCCGCGCCCAAGCAGUAUCUUCUGCGAUGGAACCUCCGGAGCGAACGCCUUCACCAUCUGUGAAACGAGGCAAAAAGGCUUGCACGGAGUGUAGGCAGCAGAAGGCAAAAUGUGACGCUUAUCUAAAUCCUGAUCAACCAUGCUCCCGGUGUUCCAAGCUGAACAUCCAUUGUGUUAUUUCUGAUCCCUUUCGCCGGGAACACAAGCGCAAGCGACUCUCCGAACUAGAACAAGAGACAGACGAGCUGCGACGGCGAUUGAGAUACACACAACCCAACCACCCCCGACCCUCGCCUAUAGCUAUGUUGACAGCUGCGGCAGAAAUGGAAGUGAACUCAGCAGCCAGCGCCGGCGAACUGACUUUCCAUACUGAAUCGCAUACUCCUUCGGUUGAGAGCCAGCAACAGUUACUGCCUUCUAUCGGACUGGUACCACCGCCGUUGCCAGAUGCAGGAGUGGUGCCAGGUGUACAAACCUCUGAUUCUACGGAGCCGCGUACACUGAACAACAUUCACUUGACAGGAAGUGAAAUCGACGAGCUAUUUCAUGUAUUUUUCCAUCAAUACGCGUCGUUUCUUCCGAUUUUGGACCCUGAGACAACGCCAAAUACGUUCUAUACACAGUCCCCGUUUCUCUUCUGGUCUAUUGUUGGCAUUGCAUGCAGAACCUACCCUAACAACCCAACACUGUUGACUGCGCUUGCGCGUAAUGUGAACGAGAUGGCCUUUCUUUCGGUCGCGUCAGGGGCGUCUGCGUGGCACAGCAUCCAAGGACUGUUGCUAGUUCUAACUUGGCCGUUCCCAAAGGAUGCCAACAUGGUGGACAUGACUUUCCCAUUGAGCGGCAUGCUCUUACACAUUGCCAUGCAGAACGGCCUACACAUUCCCAUGUCCAGUCAUGAAUUCUCCAAGAGGAAGAGACUUCCUGCUCCGUCAGAAGCGGAAAUGAUCAGGCGUUCGGAGCUCUGGGCCCAUUGUGUCAUCAUCUAUCAGCGUGCUUGUGUGACAAAGGGGCAGCCCCCGCGCUCUCUGGCGAACCUGGAGCCGGAUGGGGAUCUAAAACAUAUGUUGUUCCAGAGAAUCGCUCCGUCACUGGCACUCGAGCUCAAAUGCGAGGACCUGAUUACCCGCUGUAGUGCGGCGGUGCUCGAAUUCGGGGUCCGGACUAUGUCCCUUGAACAAGAAAAAUCAUUCGAUAUUCUUUUACGGGCAUAUGACGCCCAAGCACUUGACCUGGAGGCUCAGGCCUACUCAGCAUACGAUCAAUUCGCCACAACCAUGUGUCGCCUCAGUAUCCAGAUAUUUCACCUUUUUCGGAAUCCCAGUUCGUUCGCGUCAGGCUGUCUUGCACAGCUUGCGAUCACCGCAUGUAACACGAUUAACACUAUACAAAUCCUGGGUCAAAACAUGGUCAGCCUCGCCACCUCGCCUAUCCAGAUGAAUUACGCGCUGCUUCUCGCGGCAUCAGCUCUGAUGCGAAUCCUGAAAGGUCCUCAAUGGGCUACCAUGGAUGUCGACAAAGCCAAGUCAUCGUUCUUCUCUGCGAUCAACCUGGCGAAGCAGAUGUCAGUUGAUAACUAUGAUAUUGCGGCUAAGACAGUCAUUGUGUUGAGCCAACUUUGGAACAGCACCAAAGCCUUUCGCAAGUCAGAUGGGAGUGAAUACGUCGCUCUGCGGAUUCGCAGCCGGUUGGUCCUCAGCCCCGUCAUAGAUACAGUCUGGUGGUGGCGGGACGAGUUCGAUCCCCAGUUCUAUAGCAUGCUCACUUCGCAGGGUAAUGGCCCGGAAGGAACCGAUGCCAGUCGAGAUAAUCAAGGGAUGUCAGGGAAUGCGCCUGGAGGCUCCGUGGAUCGACCCGACUUUUCGUAUUUUGAUGAACAGUUUCAGGCGGACUUCGAAUGGGCCUUGACGGACGAGGUGCUCUUCACUGCCGCCGAACCGUAUGGGUCGCUAUAAUCUACUGGGUGCGGCAGUGUCAACGGUGGUCAUGAAGCCGAAGGAUUCUAAGCAGUUCAAAAGUACCCGAAUCACUCACCGAGGCUUGGAUCUAGAAUGGUAAGACGAGAAGCUCUGAGACAUGUUG